AGGGGAGUUGCUGCAUGGAGCAGGAACGUAUACGCCUCGCAGCCUGUUGGCCCCCAAAGGGGCCAGCGGAACCGCAACCAUUUUGGUUCAAGCGAGAGGCCCAAAUCCAGGCGCAUUCCAGCGAAACGAACUUAGCGUUUAGCCCAGGGUAGCGACAAUUUGGGCCCGAUCAUGUUGGACGAUCGCGCCUGGCUUAUCAUACUUAUCCCCGUCAAUUUACUGACGCUCGUUGUCAUUACCUGGCGGUUUCGUGGCUCUGGGCUGUGUGGCGUCUUCCCUCGAUGGAGCUCAGUUUAUGUUAAUUUCAAUGCCACGGCGAAAUGGCUACUCUUCAUGUCACCACCGCACCCGUUGCAUCGUCAAUUGAAGGAUAUGGCGGACAAACGAUUGUCGGAGCAAGUGGUCUGGGGGUGCCCUAGGAUACUCUGCUUUGCUUUUUGCUAUAACAUGGUUCAACUGGUCCAGAAUGACAUGUCCUCAGCGGCCCGCCUCGGCAACAUGGCUCUGACUACAUUCCUUAUGGCAGGUACUCUAAAGCCACGUUUGCUCACCCCUACUAUCGUGUUCUUGUUCCACGUGCUCCUGUAUAUUGUCGUCUUGUACCUUGCUAUCACAGCCGAAAACAGUGUCGCUUUCUUGAAAGCCAGUCCAGUCAGAAUCUGCGAACGCAUUGCAGUGAGCAUUGUUCAUUGCAGACCUAGGCUGACUCUUGUUUUGGGUCUUGUGUACACUGCAGCUGUUGCGCCAGUGUACGACCCCGCCGACAUACGUCAGGAGUUGAUUGUUUCGCUCCUCAUUUUCGCCAUAACAGCAUCCGUCAGAAAGUCUCGCGACGCUGAAUUUUUGGCAAUGUUGGAGGCGAAGACGUCGCGAAGUGUUGAGUCCACAGCGGGCGGGCUCUUGUCAAGUGUGUGCGACGCGGUGGUGCAUCUGUCGCACGAUUUUCUGUUCUCGAAGCCAGCCGCGCACCUUGCAACACUGCUUCUCAGAUCCCCGAAAACUAUGGGUGUCGGUGUCUCAUUUGUUGAUCUAGCCUUCGACGCUUCCGAGAAGGACCGUGUGAUUACAUUCUUGAAGCAGUCAAUGUCUGAUACUAGCACCGUUCAUGUUUCUUUGAAAGAUUCAUGGGGCAUGCCGGUAAAUUUUCAGCUAUUCCAUGCCCAGGGCAUUAACAUAGACGACGAGCCGAUCCACAUAGUGGGUCUGAAGGAGGAUUCCGAUUUUCUUCGAGCGCCGCCUGAGAGCGAGCUUCGCGAUAGCCCAGUGGUCUCGCCUGCCGACCGUUUCGCAGGAAUCUCUGAAGACUCGAUCAGUUUCUCAGGGAGCUUCUCUUCGAGGGUACCGAUCGGCACCCAUUCUGCGGGAAUGACUGUCCACAUUAACCCAGGAGUCGACGGUUUGCCUAUCUUGCAGUGCUCCCCCGAGUUCUUGAGUCUGAGUGGACCUAUAUGCGAAGGCGCAGGGCUGCUGCCGUGGGUCAUCAAUAAGAGGGCGUUUAUGAACUGGGCCAAGGUGGCCUACAACAAUAUUAUGGAUGAUUAUGAGUUUGGCGACGGUGCGAAGGAUAAGAAGCCUGGUAUGGAGACAUUCAAUAUCCGUCUCAAGCUGCCCCACAUGGGCUUGACAGUCCGCGAAAUAUCUGCGAACGCAGUCUUGAGAUUGGAUUUCGCAGAGGACCAGGGCAGCGACGUGACCUCUUCUCCACGAAUUUUGCUGGUGCUAGAGGACGUUUUCUGCGUCCGCAGGAGAUCCUCCUCGAAGAGACGCUGCCAGGAGAGUUUAGAGUUGCCAGCAAUCUUGACGCUGUGAAAUGUUGUAGUGACUCAACAGAGCGAGGAGGGCCUGCCAGCCGUUUCCUCUUUGGAGGACAGGACGAGGGGAUGAUGAUAAUCAGGGGUCGCGCUGGGAGGUGCCAAGGCUGCUCGGACAUCCGGAUCGUUUACAUCAGGAUGACUGGACUUCGGAAAUAUCCAGCUGUUCCCCCAGCCGUUGUCGAACCCCUUGGGGGAACACUUCGGAGAGGAAGAGAAUGGAGGAGGAGAUUGAGGAGAAGGGGGGUGAGGAAGCAGGUAUUCGCCUUCGUAUGUUCCUUGCCCCCUCACCGCCAAUUGACGCCCGCGGGGUGUUUAGGAUCGCUUGCCGACGGCUCGAUACGCCUCCAACAGCGCCUCCAGACAGCCCACAAGGGACCCAAGACCGCCCAAGAUGCCCGACAAAAAGAUGAGGAGGAGUUCCCAAACCUAACUGAACAAUUAUUGUGGCCCCUUGUCGCCCUCUUAUAGGCCAGCAUGAUGGCACUUUUGGGAUGGACUCCCUCAUGGCCGUUUCUUUUCCGACAUUUUGUUCGAUUGAGUAGACCAGUAUGAUGCCACUCUUUGGAUCGGCUCCCUCGUGUCUUCAAUCCGGGUCGCUUCGCACAAGAUUUCUCUGCUUGCAGCAUCGUCGAGUUUUUAGGAGCAGGCCGCUCCGUGCGACAGGGCACGCUCCGAACCGAACAUGUCAGUGAUCGCGCUCGCACGCCUGCCGAGCCUCGCAGGCAGCUGUGCGACGUCGUUUUGGGAUGGGCUCCCUCAUGCGAGACGUUUCGCAGCUGAUCUGUAGGAGGCUUAGCAAGGCCAUCAGGUUUCGCUUUCCGUUUCUUUUCCGACAUGUUGUUCGAUUAUAUAUAGACCAGCGUGAUGGCACUCUUUGGAUCGGCUCCCUCGUGUCUUCAAUGCGGGUCGCUUCGCAUAAUAUUUCUCUGCUUGCAGCAUCGUUGAGCUUUUAGGAGCAGGCCGCUUCGUGCGACAGAGCACGCUCCGAACCGAACAUGGCAGUGAUCGCGCUCGCACGCCUGCCGAAACUCGCAGGCAGCUGUGCGACGUCGUUUUGGGAUGGGCUCCCUCGUACGGGAAGUUUCGCAGCUGAUCUGUAGGAGGCCGAGCAAGGCUGGCAGGUUUCGCUUGCCGUUCCUUUUCCGGCAUUUUUAGACCAGCGUGAUGGCACUCGUUGGAUCGGUUCCCUCGUGUAUUAAAUGCGGGUAACUUUGCACAUGUUUUUCCUGAUUGCAGCGCGU